AGCCUCCCCUGGACCCCCGGAGCCAUUAGAUAGUCCUUCUGGUUCUGGGCAACAGCUAGUACUUUCCCUCCCUCAGCCACUCAGCAUCCAGCUGGGUCUUGAAUCAAUACCAGGGACCUGGGUGUGAACGGAAGGCGCCUGCUUGUUAUUUGUCAUUAUUUGCCUGAGUGGGAGCAUUCCAUUCCUUCGCAUACCCACGUUCGCUCCCCCUCCAUUCUCUCGCUCUCUCCCUCCUCUUGCUCUCGCUUUCUCCCUCUCUCGCUUUUUUUCCUCUCUCUCCCCCUCCCUCUCCUUGGGAACUGGUUCAACCAGAGUACAACCAGCUCAUCUGCACCUGGCCCUAGGGCGCCCAAAGGAGCUGCAGAGCAGGCUGCCGGCAGCAGCGCGGUUGCGGGCGGCGGUGUGGACAACACAGCCCGGGCCCACUCGCUCCUCCCGGGAAGCCCAUGCCUGGCUGGCGCCGCCCGGGGCUUGCUCAUGAGGCCUCUGCCGAGCAGGAGGAGGAAGAGCUGCGGCAUCUCCCUAGGACUCUUCGCCCUCUGCAUGGCCGCAGUCAGUUGUCUGCAGAGUCAGGGCGUGUCCCUGUAUAUUCCCCAGUCCGCCAUCAACGCCACCGUCGAGGAAGACAUCCUGCUCUCGGUCGACUACACCUGUCACGGGGUGCCUACUAUUGAAUGGAAGUACACGUCCAACUGGGGGGCUCAGAAGAUCGUGGAGUGGAAACCAGGGACUCAGGCCAACAUCUCCCAAAGCCACAAAGACAGAAUCUGCACCUUUGACAAUGGCUCCAUCCAGCUCUUCAGUGUGGGCGUGAGGGAUUCGGGUUACUACGUCAUCACCGUGACAGAGCACCCGUGGAGCAGCCAGUCUGGCACCAUUGUGCUGCAUGUGUCUGAGAUCCUCUACGAAGACCUGCACUUCGUUGCCGUCUUCCUUGCCUUCCUCGCUGCUGUGGCCGCCAUGCUGAUCAGCCUCGUGUGGGUCUGUAAUAAGUGUGCGUAUAAGUUCCAGAGGAAGAGGAGGCAUAAGCUCAAAGAAAGCACAACUGAGGAGAUCGAGCUGCAGGAUGUUGAGUGCUAGCCAAGGCUGUACCCUAGCAUUCCUACCUCAAGAGGAAAACAUCAUUUUCCAGCAGAAGAAGCAAACAUAGGCAGCCCACACGACACCUCCUGUGUGCCUGCUGCAGCAAUCCUUCCUGUUGGGACAGUGGAAGUUAAACUUGACUGCCUGAGGUCGGAGACCACGGAUUGGACGGUCGGUCCUAGGACUUGCAUUAAGUUCAAGGAGACAGUGAUGAGGCUUUGAACCAGGAACUUUGCUUGGCUUCAGCUUCAGGGCCAGGUAGUGCAUCACCAAUGCCGAAGUGCAGGCAUUGACCCUUGCUCCAGCACUCGCUCUGGCCCAAGGAGGGCCUGUUGGAGAAGUCCCUGGGUUUUCUGUAGCCCCAUCAGUGCAUGCUCUGUGCCUUUGUGCUCCGGUCCACCGCACACACCCUUUGCCUUCAACCAGCUCUCAGGUCCACACUACUGCUAUGUGAGCUGCUACGAGAAGUUGGAGGCACGGAGGAAACCUGCAGAGGUGGCGAACUGAGGGGUCCUGCUGUGCUGAGGAGAUUGGCUUGGAGGUGAGGGCAGGUGGCUUGGAGCUUUAGGGAAAAGAACUCGAUGCCAACAGUUGGUGUAAUGGCUAUGUCGCUGGACCCCCAUUUGGGUGAUUGCAGUUCAA